AUGACCGUUGAGGAGCUUGAAGAUGGUGAUGAUGAAGCUUCUAUCAAAGGGUGCAAAAGGGAUCUUGGAGGGCGAGAGGUGUCCGACUUCGUGCUCUAUAAAGUGAUGUUGGAUACAGGGCAGUAUGCCUUAUUUGCUUUUGGAGCUGGCUUUGUGAAAAGCGGAGCAAAUGCUUUUGGGACUUCUUCUUUUGGAUUCUGA